AUGACAUUAUAUUUACUGUUUCUCUCCACGUGUAUGUUGCCUAAAUCCUUGGCAACACUCACACAGAGUUCCGCUUAUUCGAGAAAUUAUCGAAAUUUUUUCCAUCAUCAGCAUUCAUCGAUACCUCCCAAGAAGGAAGCCAGUUUUGUUCUGAAAACCACACAAAUACGUAGUGAUGCUUCAAGGAAACGUUUGUCGAUCGUUGGCUCACACCAUUUUUGUCGUAUCCUUCAUUCUAUUCACUGGUUGCGUAGUCCUCCACUACUAUGUCGAUCGAAUUCACGGUGCUGUAAUUGCACGCGUAAGUUGUUCAUUUUUAUCACAUAUAAUUUGUAA